AAGCGAUCUCGCGAUACUUGUGUAACCUCGUCUUAUUUUCACUACCUUGCGUGACGUCAUUUUCUACCACUCCGCUCGGCUACAAAGUAUCGGCAGGUCGUCGUCCUCUCAAAACUUUUGAACACGGGAAGACAUAUCGAGCAGAGAUGGAUAUUUUGACUGUGCUGCCGGCCAACUUCGGCUACGCCAUAUUUACCUACCUCUACAGCUGGAUUAUGCUGGGGUACUUGGCAGUGAAAGUCGGGGGUGCAAGGAAGAAGUACGACGUCAAGUACCCAACCAUGUACAGUGACAAGGAUCAGGUAUUCAACUGCAUCCAAAGAGCGCACCAGAACACGCUGGAGGUGUACUCCCAGUGGCUCGUUUUCCAAACCAUUGCAGCUCUUGUCUACCCGUUAUCAGCAUCGGUGCUGGGAGCUAUUUGGGUGACCAGCAGGUUUUCCUACGCCUGGGGCUACUACACAGGAGAGCCGGCCAAGAGGAUGAAUGGUGCCUAUGGCUACAUUGGAUACUUCGGAGUCAUCUUUCUGUCCAUAUCUGUAGCUUUGCAGUUGCUUGGAGUCUUCUAAGACAACUGCCAUCUUGUUUACUCAUUUAUACUGGCUCACAUGACAUUUUUAAAUGUAUCAACCUUAUAAGCACUGUUCAAUUCUUUCUUUACUGAUUUCAAAAUAUGAUGCUAAAUACCUUUCUACGGACCACUGACUUGCUACUCAAUAUCUUUUUCUGCCAUCUAUUUGUUGUCAAUGUCCCUCUAAUCGUCAAUAAAGUAACGUAGAUGCUGAUUGAUGCUA